AACUGUUGUGAUGGUGAAGAGGCUCAGCUGUCUUUUGAGAUGGUCUUCAAAAGGAAGCGGCGCCACUCAAUGAGCAGAAAACAAACGAGCACCAAGAGCAGACUCGGACCCAGCCUGAGGGGAGAAAGCUCUCCCUGUAGAGAGAAGACAAAACCAGUUGUAAAUGCACCUCGGAAUUAGGAAAAACAAGUCCCUGUGCCGUGUCCCUUCCUGGAUCUGAGACCUCAGUAAGGAUGCAACUGUGCUGCGAAUCCCUAAACGGCUCUUGCAUAAGGAGCAGCUGGUCCAACAGCAUCCGUGUUCCCAUGUACCUCUUCAUGGCUGGCAUUAUUGUGGCCACAGUGGCCGGAAACUUGACGGUUAUCAUCUCCAUAUCUCAUUUCAAGCAGCUCCACACGCCCACCAACUUCCUGAUACUUUCAAUGGCUACGGUGGACUUUCUGCUGGGGCUCCUGGUCAUGCCCUGCAGCAUGGUGCGCUCCGUCGAGCACUGCUGGUAUUUUGGGGAGCUCUUCUGCAAGAUCCACACCAGCGUGGACAUCAUGCUGAGCACGGCUUCCAUCUUCCACCUUUCCUUCAUCUCCGUCGACCGCUACUACGCUGUGUGUCACCCUCUGAGGUACAAAUCCAAGAUAAACACUCGCCUGAUCCUGGUGAUGAUAGUCAUAAGCUGGACGGUCCCUGCUGCUUUUGCUUUUGGGAUGAUCUUUCUAGACCUAAACCUGCGAGGGGCAGAAGACAUUUAUACCAAUAUCCACUGUGCGGGAGGAUGCCUUGUCUUUUUUAGUGGAACUUCAGGCGUUGUGGCCUCCCUGGUGUCUUUUUACAUCCCUGGAUUUGUUAUGCUGUACAUCUACAGGAGGAUAUACUCUGUGGCCAAGAGGCAGGCGAGAUCCAUUGAUGCCAUCAGCCAAAAAAAGAUGGGAUUUGAAACGAAGCACCACAUUUCAUUCUGCAGAGAAAGGAAAGCUGCCAAGACGUUGGGCAUCAUAAUAGGAGUGUUUCUCAUUUGCUGGAGUCCGUUCUUCUUCUUUACAGCGACCAACCCAUUUAUGAAUUAUGUGACACCCCCCAUUCUCAUUGAUGCUUUGGUUUGGUUUGGGUAUUUAAAUUCUACAUUUAACCCAAUUGUUUAUGCAUUUUUUUACAUGUGGUUUCGCAGGGCAUUAAAGAUGAUUCUGUUUGGAAGAGUUUUUCAACAGGACUCUUCCAGGACUCAUUUGUUUUUAGAGUAACUUGCUUUAAAGGAUUGUGUUUGUGGCUUUGAAUUUUUUUGUCUGGAGGUUGAAUGUCCAGAUGUAAGAGCUGAAAAUGAAGGAAACACCUAUUUGUUUGCUCAUUUACCAAAACUGGUUCAAGCAUAUAAGCAACUAUUGCGCUUUACAUCGUCUUUCAUCCCAGAUGGGGAAUUAGAUGUGGUGUUUUGGUUGGAGCUAUUUAUAUGCAAUGCAUGGGAGAGCAAGACUUUAAUAAAAUUUACAGCAGAUUAUAUCUCUGCUCUUAAUCAUUAAGAAAUUAUUCCAAUUAAUUUCAUGAACAAGGGGUGUUUACAUUAAAAUAUUUAUGCGUAUUUAUUGUCCUCCAGAAAGAGCAGAAAAGCCUUUCCUUUUGCAUUUCUAGACAUCUUUGAGUAACAACCCAAAGCUUUUAAGUUUUGUCCCUCCCCUCCAGUACGUGUGCGGAGGUCAAAGCAGGCAUGGAACCAGCCCAACCAGCACGCUCCAUGGAGGGACAAUGGGAGAGAAAAGUUGUGUUGCUCCUUUUUUUUCCAUUUCAGCUGGUGCUUGUCGCUUAGGAGUUUGUCACUUCAAUGCUUUUCUGCUUGGUGAGAUCAAAAGCACGUUUAACGAGAUCAAAGACAAGGUAAAUACAAUGUUUGGAAUGAAAAGCAACAGUGAAAAGCAACAUCGAACCGAAAAUGCCAGAAAAUGAUGCUUGUCUAAUGAAUGUUUCUAUGUACAAUUUGUCUAAUGAAUGUUUCUAUGUACAAUAUUUGCCAAUUUGCAUCUGGCAGAACUUUUUUUCUAGCUUGGACAUACUGUUAUUUGGUCUGAUGGCAGUGCUGAGACAGCUGGUGAGGAAAGUGGGUCGAGAGUUGUGAAGAAAAGCUACGGUUGGGCUGAAUGGAAGGUGAAUGGGACAGGAUGGACGUGGAAAGCACCAGAAGUGGCAGAAGAAGGGCUACAGGGAUGGUUUGGGGUGAUGGCUGUCAAGGUUACAUCUGUGGACAUCCAGAUGGGAGAAGGAAGGACUGGCAAGUAAGUCAAAGACUAACACUUGGUGAAGAAGACCCACAGACUGUCAUUUUUUAAAUCUAUGACCUGGCUUUUCUAGAGUCAACUUAUCACCAAGCAGAAGGAGAUAACACCUCUGACCUGAGGCUGUGACAUCUGGUUGGACUAUGAAGGACCAGUCCUGGGGAUGGACAGGAGAGGAUUAUGACCUGAGAAGGGACCACGGAGAGAAACUGAUGACUCUGUCCUGAAGAGCAAUGCUCAGCAGCAAAUUAUGCCCUCUGUUGAUGUUGUUUGUGUAAGUGCACAUCAUACGUGGAUCUCCUCUUCCUUUUCUGUGUGUUGUAGAGCAAUGAAACAUUCUCUGCUGUAGAGCAUAAAAGCUGAAUGAUGCGACAUUUCAGCAGAGAAAAACAUGAGGAUCUGAGACUGUCUCUUUUACCGUUUCAUUGUAAGUUUGCACUCUCCAAAAUGACCUAAAACCGAACAAAACGCCACCUUGUGCUGUGGAAGGUAUCCCUUGUGAGUGAA